ACAGCAUUCACUACCGUAUCAUUGUUGAACACAUCUCAGUAGAUUUGUCAGUCAGCUGUACACGGACCAAAACAAAAAUUCAGAGGGGAAAAAUAUUUCGCUUGUGCGUCCAACUUUUUAAACUGCAAUUUCCCAAAAAAUGCCGCUGCGACUGAACAAGAGGUGUGAGGAGAAAUAAUUUAUUAUGCGGCUUGGAGAAGAUAGCCUGGCUUGUAGUGGUAGCACAUGCUAGCCGUUAGCUAGGAUGCUGCUGCCCCGGUAGCUAAGAGGAGCCGCUAUCAGCUAACGGUAACGGUAUGUCCGAGGAGCCGCUGCUGGGAGUAGCAGCUGCCGCUUCUGUUGUCUUAAAUACCAAGCCGGCAAUUAAAAACCACCCGCCAGGUAGUUAGGUGGCUAGUUAGGCUAACCGGACACACUGAUAACUUAUUUCUACGUUGCCUUUUACCGCCUGGAAUUAAAACUCCAGUAUGGGGAUGUGCUUACCGUGCCUUGGUGGAGGAGCGGGCGACGUUGUUGUCACCCCGGAUCCUGAGACGAGGAGAAGACAUUUGGCCGAAGCUGCCGAGAAGAGACAGAAAGAGACAGCGUAUAGGGGAGUUAAGAAUCCGGAAGCAGUCGAAAGAAAAAAAAAAAAACAAGAAGAGGUUGAGAAACAAGUAAUGACGACCUCCGCGUCGGGAGGCGGCGGGUUGAGGUGGCAGGUGGGCUGAAAAUCUUGACGCUGAAGCUUGAUGCACAAAACAUCAUGAAGUAUUACUAAAAGGUGACUUGAAGGAUGUUGGAACUGCUGUCUAUUUUACUCUUUUUAUUUUUUUUUUUGGCUAUUUUUAUCAUGUAAUGGGUCUUCAAGCUUCAUGCAAAACAACGUUAUUGCAAACACUACUUGCAAAGUCACACAAGCCAGUUUAGAUGAGUUAGAGGGUGACAAAAUAAUCCAGCAAAUAUAUGUUCUAUAUUAGUUUUAUUUGACAACUUAUUAGACGAAGCAGUGAUGUGCAUUAGAUAAUAUGGAAGGACAGAACAGACUGAAGUGUAGUUGUAUUUGAGGACAUAGCAGUUCUCAACAUUUUAUUUUUUUAAAAUUUUUUUUUACAGAGGAACAAGAGUCACUCUAUAUCCGUUAACGCUCACGUCGCCUUUUGUUUGACUUAUCAGAAAACCUAUUACUCAGUACCCUGGCAAGACUCACUGACUUUGUUUAGGGCUCUGUCUUUUGCCAACACAAAGUCUAAUGCAGCUUUAUGGUUUUGUUGCAGUACACCUGCCACUCGGUUACCACUUUUCUAAAGCCUUUCUAAUGUUGUGCUGAGAGGUUUCUAAUUGAAAGGACUCGGUUUGUAAAGCACAAACUGCGUAGUUGACGACAAGAGCAAUAGCUGUGGGACACUGGUGAAUUAUGUAAAAAAGCAAAACAUUAUACACACAGAAAAAAUGAGAAGUGGCUGAGCCCAUUCUAACCUUGUGCACACAACCCAUCGCACUUUACAUUAGUCUUUACCCUGCUUUAACAGAGCCCGUGUUUUUUUUUUCUUUGCACAGUUUGAGUUUGUUUUAUUGAAUUAUAAUGUAUGCACAACACUACGACUGGUGAUGACUGCUUAAUUUAAACAGGAUAUGAAGUGUGUGUGUUUUUAUGAUUUACCACAACACAAAGUGAAACUUUAGAUAGACACAUAUUUGUACACGGUCUGUCAAUAUUUGUCGAAUGUGUUUGCCUACGCUGUUAUGUUGGACGAUUUGUGUCAUCUACAGUGGAAACAGGAAGGAGCCGGAGGAAGGAAAAUACGCACGGAAUAUUUACUUGAUACACUUUCUUCAUUGAGUGCAUUUCUUACAGCCUUUUCUUGAUUCUUAAAUGCUUCCGGUGCUCUUGCCUUUUUGUAGGACAGGAAAUCUAGCCAAUGUAAUUUGCUACAAUAAAUCACGUUUCUGCUA